AAGAAUCGAAAUAAUCGAAUCGAAUCGUCACUCGCGUUUUUUAUGUUCCUUGAUCUCAAUAGCACAAUGUAGAUUUUUGAGAAAAUUAAUACGUAAUUUAUAUGUUUUGUUCAAUUUAAUAAAGUGAUGGAGUUCAGCGGUCUCUUACUAAGCUCAUCAUCUAUAACGAAGACCAUGUGUAGAACUUGCCUUGCAGAAUCACAAACGAUGUAUAAAAAUAUCCAGGAUCUUGUAGAGCACGACGAUAUAAAAAUAAAGCUUAUCGAUAUCUUAGUAUUUUUGAAUGUUGUACAGAACAAUGAUGAAGAAAACUGGCCACAAGGUAUGUGCGAGACGUGUGUGUCGACAGCUCUGCUCGCAUACAGCUUCAAACUGGAUUGCUUCAAAGCUAAUGUCACUUUAACACAACUACUGAACAUGCCGUCUUCACCAAACAAUCUCCAGCAAGCUGACAUUGAUGCCAUGAUCAACGUGGUUUACCAAGACCAUGAAUAUGAUGUACCAUUAUUUAGUAACCAGCCAGUUCUAGAUUUUCAAAGUAGUCUGCCCGAGAGCAAGGAAUUGACACCUUUACCUCCAGUUUCGGAUAUAACAUCCACUGAGCAGCCUAUGAGAAAACAAAGUGAUAAGAAAUAUUCCUGCACAUUAUGUCCAAAGUCAUUCACGAGACUAUAUGGCUUACGGUACCACAUGGAGAAGCAUGCAGGGACCCGCCGCUACUUAUGCCCUCAAUGUGGAAAAGGAUUUGUUACAUCUGGUGGCCUGAGCCAGCAUCAACUGACCCAUAAGGAAGUUGGGCAGUUCAAAUGUGGAUUCUGUAAAAAGAACUAUAAAUCAAGACAGUCGCUGAAGGAGCAUUUUAGUAAUGCACAUUCUAGUAAUAAGACACCAUUCAUCUGCACUAUAUGUGGUAAAUGCCUGACGGCCAAAUCUACUCUUGUAGCUCAUUUAAAGUCUCACAAUGGCACCAACCUAUUUGCCUGUGAUGAGUGCCCUAAAACUUAUACAAGGGCUUCAUAUUUGAAAUUGCACAAGUUAGUACAUAGUGGCCAAGAAAGACCAAAACCAUUUUCAUGUAAUUAUGAAGGCUGUGAAAGAAAAUUCAGUACAAAGCAUUCCUUAACGGUGCACAUUGCUCAUACCCAUUCUACAACAAGACCUUACAAGUGUGAGGUUUGCCUCAAAUGCUUUGCAACUCUGUCGGGCCUGAAGGAUCAUAAAGAUACCCACAGUAUAAAGGAUACCCAUUGCAAUGUAUGUGGGAAGCAGUUGGCAAAUAAAAGAGUAUUGCAGAAGCAUCUGCGCCUACAUGAUGUGCAUGUGGACUCGACUGACAUGAUACUUGAAACUGUGGUUGAUAAUACAUUUUUUGAUGAUGUUCUUUUGGAGAUUCCAUGAAGAUAAAAGUUACUAAAUUAAAAUUGAUUAAUGUUA